AGGAGUGUGGUAGUUAUUCAAGGGAAGGCAAUUAAACUGCCCAUAUCCUGAAAUUAAUAAUUUUAAUCUCAAUCCAUCCUUCCUGUCCUACCAUUGUAAUUCCUCCUCCUCUGACCUUACAAUAUAAAAACAAAUAAAUAAAAUAUUUUUCAACAAAUAGAAAAACAAAAACGAAACUGAAAAAACAAAACCAAACAAAAACACAGUUGUUUCAACAAUCCUCCUCCUCCUCCUCCUCUCUCUCUCUCUCUCUCUCUCUCUCUCUCUCCCCGUCUCUCUCUGUUGCUGGUUAUUUCUCUGAAGAAUCAAUCAUUCUAUAAAGGGCAUUUCCCAUUUCUUCAAUCCACUGAUAUGGGGCAAUUUGCUUGAUAUGAGCUCUACAGGAUUAGCUUGUCUGCGUACUUUAUGCUAAAGAAGUUCAAAUUUUGAGGCUUUCGAUUCGGUGUGGUUGUUUCGUUUCUGGAACGUUUUUGCUCAGGUUGGUUGUUUUACUUUUCCUUUUUCAGGUCACUGUCCUGAUUACUUGAAAAUAACCGGCAUCACUCGUUUCAUGAUCGUAAGUUAUUAGCGGAGCAAUGAAUCACCGUCCUAUGGAGCUUGGGAGGCCUGCCUCAGGUAAAAAAAGAUUAAAAGAUUUAUUGAUCCAAAAAGAUAAUCGCAAUUGUGCUGAUUGUGGUGCAACAGAUCCUAAAUGGGCGUCAGCAAACAUUGGAGUUUUUAUAUGCUUAAAAUGUUGUGGUGUGCACAGGAGUCUUGGUACUCAUAUAUCAAAGGUUUUGUCAGUGACCCUGGAUGAAUGGUCUGAUGAUGAAAUUGAUGCAAUGAUAGAAGUUGGAGGAAACUCUUCUGCAAAUUCAAUUUACGAGGCUUUUAUUCCUGUGGGAGUUUCAAAGCCUGGACCAGAUGCCGGUCAUGAGGAACGUUCAAAAUUCAUCCGGUCAAAGUAUGAGCUUCAAGAUUUUCUGAAACCUAGCUUGCGAAUUAACUCAGGUCCUUCUAGAAAGAACACUCUCCAGAGCACUCUCCAAUCAAAUAGUUUUUCUAGAAAGAUUAUCGAUAGUUUCCGUUCAAAUUCUUCACAGAAAUCGCAGGAAGGCAUGGUAGAAUUUAUUGGUUUAUUGAAGGUAAAGGUGAUUAGAGGCACAAAUUUAGCUAUUCGAGAUAUGAUGACAAGCGAUCCUUAUGUCAUCCUGACUCUUGGGCAGCAGACUCUUCGGACAACUGUAAUAAAGAGUAACUUGAAUCCUGUCUGGAAUGAGGAACUCAUGCUGUCUGUACCUGAGCAAUUUGGACCUUUGCAGUUGAUUAUGGUAUACAUGGAUAGCAGAUUAGCCUGUCUCUGGUCUAAUCAGAAGCCUUUAUGUAUUACUUGGGAAGUAUGUUAUCGAAUCGUUCUGCUUGUCACAUUGCAGCAGGUGUUUGAUUAUGACACGUUCUCGGCUGAUGACAUAAUGGGAGAAGCAGAGGUUGAUCUUCAGCCUUUGAUAACAUCUGCAAUGGCGUUCGGGGAUGCAGGAAUGUUUGGCAACAUGCAAAUCGGAAAAUGGCUGAAGUCGAAUGACAAUGCCCUCAUAGACGAUAGCACAGUUAAUAUUGUCGACGGGAAGGUAAAACAGGAGCUGUCUCUCAAGCUGCAGAAUGUUGAGUGUGGAGAAUUAGAUUUAGAACUAGAGUGGAUGCCCCUUGAGCAAUAGGUAAAUAAUUCAAUUAUUUUUUGUUCAUCGUAUUCAAUAAAAACCUGUCGUUUUUGGUUGA